AUGGCUCAGCUCCUCCCUCUCUCCUCCGCUGCUCCCAGCUUCCGUCUCGCCGCGACGCCAGGCAAUGGCGUCCCCCGCUUGUCCGUGACGUCGGCCCGCUCUGCUGCUCGUGUGAGCAGGAGGAGCGUGAGGCUCAAAUCCCUGAGCGUGAGGUGCGAGCAGGGGUCCAAGGGCGGCCCCGGGCUGGACGUGUGGCUCAGCCGCGGCGCCAUGCUCGCCUUCUUCGGGGCGGUCGGCGUGGAGCUCACCACCGGCAAAGGGGUGCUUCAGAACGUAGGGCUGAUGGCGCCGCUGCCGGCGUUGGCGCUGGGGCUCACCGGAGUGGUCGGGGUCGUCACCGCAUUUAUCAUCUUCCAGUCCGGAUCGUCGGACUGA